GAUAAUUACUCCUGAGUCUUGCACCCAUAUUAGAUGUGAUCCUCCAGAACGCAGAGAUUUCAUUCAGACAGUGUUUGAUAUGGUCCACUGCUGUGAAGAAGUGAUACCAUUUUGAACGGAAGGCCAAAUUGAACAGGAACAUACCAGUCCUGUAAUCAUGGCAAAUGUCUGUAGUGUCAAUGUCAGCAAAAACUUCAGUUUUGAGUUGGAUCAAAAAAUUCCAAACGUUUCUGUGUUUCCCUCUUUAGCUCAGCAUAUGAUGUGCGCCUUCGUCAGAAAGUGGCUGUCAAGAAGCUCUCCAGGCCUUUCCAGUCCCUCAUCCACAGCAGAAGAACGUACAGAGAACUGAGACUCCUCAAACACAUGAAACAUGAGAAUGUUAUCGGACUGCUGGACGUUUUCACUCCGGCAGCUUCUCUUGAAGAAUUCAAUGAGGUUUAUCUUGUGACCAACCUGAUGGGAGCAGAUCUCAACAACAUUGUCAAAUUUCAGAGACUUUCAGAUGAACAUGUACAAUUCCUCAUUUAUCAGCUUCUCCGGGGCCUUAAGUACAUCCAUUCAGCUGGGCUGAUCCACAGAGACUUAAAGCCAAGCAAUGUUGCGGUGAAUGAAGAUUGUGAACUCAGGAUCCUGGAUUUUGGAUUAGCGAGGCAGACAGAUGAUGAGAUGACGGGAUACGUAGCAACGCGUUGGUACCGAGCACCUGAGAUCAUGCUCAACUGGAUGCAUUACAACCAGACAGUGGAUAUCUGGUCGGUUGGAUGCAUCAUGGGUGAACUUCUGAAGGGGAAGGUUUUGUUUCCUGGCAACGAUUAUAUAGAUCAGCUAAAGAGAAUCAUGGAGGUUGUAGGCACUCCCACGCCUGAUGUUUUGAAGAAGAUAUCCUCCGAACAUGCUCAGAAGUACAUACAGUCUCUUCCACACAUGCCUCAGCAGGACCUGGCAAAGAUAUUUAGAGGAGCAAAUCCACUGGCGGUUGAUCUGUUAAAAAAAAUGCUAGUAUUAGACUGUGAUGGGAGGAUUUCAGCCAGUGAAGCUCUGUGCCAUCCAUACUUUUCCCAAUACCACGAUCCUGAAGAUGAACCGGAGGCGCCUCCAUAUGAUCAGACCCCCGAGAGCAAGGAUCGCACACUGGAGGAGUGGAAGGAGCUGGUGUUUGAGGAAGUAAGCAAUUUUAAAGAUCCUCCCAAUAAACCUGAAAGUCUUCAGGCUGAACAAUAAAACUGAGCGUAACUACAAUCCAAGAAGAUGCCGCCCUUGCAACUGUCUGUAUUUCAAACAUACAAACUACAGGACUGUUGGACAUACUGUAUGAACAGCUUGCAGUCCAACCAGAGACAAUGACUAUGUAUUUCCAAGGCAUGACACCCUUCCUGUAUGUGGGUGUGUGUUCAUACACACUUAAUUAACAGCAAAACACGACCAGUAUUGUUUGAACAUAGACACAAUGUAUUAAUAUUACAAGGUGCAUGUUGUGUGUGUAUGUAUGCAGAGCUGUGUGUUUUGAGUGUUUUUUUAUAUUUGAUGUGAGACAGAUGAAGCAGGGUAUGGUGUCUUUCAUAUGAGACCAAAACAAACUAAGCAGGAGGAGGAGAAACAUAUGUUUACAGUGUUGGACAUGGAGUGGAAUGUGUGUCUUAAACAGUUCAUAUAUGCAUCAAUGUACAAAAGUGUCUGCAUAAAACUGAAUCAGUUACA